UCCCAACCCUAAAGCAAAAACUAAUUUCCAAAAACCCUAAAGACUCGUCACUCUUCUUUUCGUUUUCUUAGCUCGAAAAUUCCUUUCAUUUUGGUCUCGGACACCAUACCCUGCAAUAAUGGCGACGCCUUCUUUAAGCGAAGAUACCGCCAAGGCCGUUCUUCGUCAGGUGGAGUUCUACUUCAGUGAUAGUAAUAUUCCAAGAGAUGGCUUUCUCAGGAAGAAAAUCAGCGAAAGGGAUGAUGGAAUGGUUAGUUUAGCAUUGAUUUGUUCGUUUUCAAAGAUGAGAAGCCAUUUGAAUUUAAGGGAUGUGAAAGCAGAAGAUGUACCAGAGGCUACUUUGAAAGCUGUGGCUGAAACUCUAAGAACUUCCUCUUCCCUCAAGGUUUCUGAAGACGGGAUCAAAGUUGGCAGAGCCACUACUCUUUUACAGCCUGACGAAUUAAUUGAGCAAUUAGACAGUCGAACGAUUGCUGCAUCACCAUUUGAGUUUAAUGUCAAGAUGGAAGAUGUGCAAGCCUUUUUUGGUCAAUAUGCUAAGGUUAAUAGUGUGAGGUUACCUCGUCAUGUAGCGAACAAAAAGUAUUUUUGCGGCACUGCCUUGAUUGAAUUCUCAGCUGAGGAAGAUGCACAAAAUGUUUUGAAGCAAAACUUGGUUUUUUCUGGAGCUGAAUUAGAACUGAAACCAAAGAAGGAUUUUGAUGCUAUAAGAGAGGAAGAAGCAGAGGAGUUUGAGAAUAAUCAUCCAGUUGCUGGUUCAAAUGGUGAUAAUCACUCCAAUGCUGAAGACAACUACCCCAAAGGAUUGCUUGUUGCAUUUGCAUUAAAGAAAAUUUCAGCUGUGGACUCUGCAGAACCAAAUGGUUCUGAUGAACUCGCAAAGGAAGGUGGGGCUGAAAAGAGUGAAGAGAAGACUACAAUAAAUGAUAAGGACAAUGCUGAAAAGACUUGUGAUGAAUAUGCUGCUGAUGAAACAGGCACCAAAAGUACCAUUCCAAAGAAUGAGGACACAGAACAUAAAUCCACUGUAUCUUCUUUUAAAGAUGAUCUCAAUGUUGUUUUACGUGAAGAUUUGAAGGAAGCCUUCAAAAAGUUUGGCGCAGUGAAGUAUGUUGACUUCAAAAUUGGUGAGGAUAAGGGUUACAUUCGGUUUGAUACACCAGAAGCAGCCCAGAAAGCUCGUGCUGCCGCUGUCCUGGCGGAAGAAGGUGGUCUGGUUGUCAAAAAUUUCAUUGCCGCUUUAGAUCCUGUGACCGGUGAUGCCGAGAAAGAAUAUUGGAGUCUACUUCGUGGUGGCCAAGAAAAGUUCCGUGGAAACAAGCGCUUUCAAGGAAGGGGAGGAAAGCACUUCAGAGGUGGAAAACGAGGGUGGGGAAGAGGAAAUGAUUCACCAAACAAAGCUAGAAGAACUUGAGCAGGGUGAGAGCGAUUGAUCUAUGGACGUUAGAUGGAUAUUGAGACCAUUUUUGUACCAUAGCUCAAGGAUUUCUUUGGGGAGGGCGAAUAGGCCAAGAUGGUUGUUUCUUUCUUGGUUUAUGCUUGUGCUUAGCUUAUAUUCUGAGUCUUAAGUUAAUAUUUACUUAUAACGUAUUUUUGUAGCUGGAAUGAUCAUAACCGUCUCAUUUUCAUUCUCUUCAAAAGUUCAUGUUUAUAAUGUCCGAUUCUAUUGUGUUAUUACUAGGCUUAAUUAAAAAAUAAUUGUCUAAA